AAUUAAAACUGAGAAGGUGGGAAGGGGCGGAGCUCGCCCUGUGGCUGCUCGGUGGUGGGUGAAGGAUCAGCUUUCUCUGCUAGUUCCCACCCUGGGAGUCCUUAGCUCCUGGAAUGCGUGAGGGAGAUGCUUAGGGAGUUUCCGAAGUGGGGCGUCGAAGCAUCGCCUGGCAAGGCCUGGGAGCGAAAAAGAUCCCUACUUCGUGGAGCCGUUGGAAGCUACCGGGGAGCCACUGGUGGGGACCUUUUUUGGGCCCCCUUUCCUUCGUGGGGUACUAUGGAGUUCCCAGAACACAGUCAGCAGCUGCUGCAGAGCCUCCGGGAGCAGCGGUCCCAGGGUUUCCUUUGUGACUGCACCGUGAUGGUGGGUAGUACCCAGUUCUUGGCCCAUCGGGCUGUGCUGGCGUCCUGCAGCCCAUUUUUCCAGCUUUUCUACAAGGAGCGGGAAUUGGAUAAGAGGGAUCUGGUGUGUAUUCAUAAUGAAAUUGUCACAGCCCCAGCCUUUGGGCUGCUUCUGGACUUUAUGUAUGCUGGCCAGCUGGCCCUGAGAGGGGAUACCCCUGUGGAGGAUGUGCUGGCAGCUGCCAGCUACUUGCACAUGAAUGACAUCGUCAAGGUGUGUAAGCGGCGGCUUCAAGCCCGGGCCCUGGCAGAGGCAGACAGUACCAAGAAGGAGGAAGAAACCAACUCACAGCCUCCUAGUUUGGAGUUUUUGUCCAGUACUUCGCGUGGCCCCCAGCCUUCGUUGUCAUCUGCUGAGACAUCAGGCCAUUGGGGCAAAGGGGAAUGGAAAGGCUCUGCUGCUCCCUCACCUACUGUCCGUCCUCCAGAUGAGCCACCAAUGUCCAAUGGGGCUGACACUACACAGCCUGGCAUGGAGGUUGACGCACCACAUCUGCGGGCACCUCCUCCGCCGGUGGCUGAUGUCUCUCUUGCCAGCCCUAGUAGCUCCACUGAGACCAUUCCUGCAAACUACUUCUCUUCCGGCAUCCCAGCAGUUUCAUUGGAGCCACUGCCAUCUCUUGAUGUGGGUCCUGAGAGUCUGAGGGUGGUGGAACCAAGGGAUCCUGGAGGACCACUGCAAGGCUUCUACACCCCAGCCUCAGCCCCCAGCUCAGCCCCUGCCCCUGUCUCAGCCCCAAUUCCAUCCCAGGCUCCAGCCCCAGCUGAAGCUGAACUGGUCCAGGUGAAAGUUGAAGCUAUUGUGAUCUCUGAUGAAGAGACCGAUGUGUCAGAUGACCAGCCUCAGGAUCCUGAGAGAGCGUUCCCACCUGGAGGAGCAGUGUAUGGGGGACAACCCUCCCAGCCAGAGGCUUUUGAAGACCCAGGGGCAGCAGGACUGGAGGAGGUGGGGCCAAGUGACCACUUCCUGCCUUCAGACCCUCAUCUACCCUACCAUCUGCUGCCAGGUGCAGGGCAGUAUCAUCGAGGACUGGUGACCUCACCCCUGUCUGCACCCGCAUCCGUGCAUGAGCCGCUUUACCUGCCUUCUGAGUACGAAGCAGCUCCAGGAAGCUUUGGGGUUUUUACUGAGGAUGUUCCCACCUGCAAGACAUGUGGGAAGACCUUCUCAUGCUCUUACACACUGCGGCGACAUGCCACGGUGCACACACGUGAGCGACCCUACGAGUGCCGCUACUGCCUGCGGAGCUACACACAGUCAGGGGACCUCUACCGCCACAUCCGCAAGGCUCACAACGAGGACCUGGCCAAACGCAGCAAACCGGAUCCAGAAGUGGGACCCCUUCUAGGGGUGCAACCUCUCCCUGGCUCCCCAACAGCAGACAGACAGAGCAGCAGUGGUGGAGGGCCACCCAAAGAUUUUGUACUUGGCCCCAAAAACUAACAUCUAAGGAGCAUGAGCUGACGCUAGGCUGCUCUUACCAUCCUUAGAUGGCAGCUCAGAAGGUUGGUGACAUCUCAUCACCCCUGCUGGGUGACAAGAAUAAAGGUUCUGCCCAGGCUGAAAGUUCCUACCCUUUUCUGUUUUUAUUUUUUAUUUUUUUGAGAUGAAGUCUCACUCUGUCGCCCAGGUUGGAGUGCAGUGGCGUGAUCUCGGCUCACUGCAAGUUCAGCCUUCCGGGUUC